AUUGAAAAAGAUAUUUUUAACGAUAAAUAAUGUAGUAAAAAAUAUUGUACAAGGGGAUUUACACUUGGAAAGUUGAUAUUAAGAAUAACGUGUAGAAUGUUCAGUUUCAUUUUAGUUUUGAAUUAGAAACUAUCAUCUCUCAGGAUUGAAAAUAUCCCAAGUUUUUAUUUUAUAAAAUGUGGAAUAUUCGGUUCUUAGUGAUUUCAUUGUUGUUUUAUAAUAAAUCAUAUGCGGAAUCAGAUUGGCCAAAAACCUGCCCAGAAAUAGUCACAAAAGACAAGUGGCAAGGUCUACCUUCAAUAGCUGUCGAUUACGUCAUUAUACCAGUUACCAAAGUCGUUAUACAUCAUACAGUUACGCCGGAAUGUUCAACACAAGAAACAUGCUCUUCAAUGGUAAAGAGUAUACAAAAUUUUCAUAUGGAAAGCCUGGAGUUUCCCGAUAUAGGGUAUAAUUUUCUCGUCGGCGGAGAUGGAAGAAUUUAUGAAGGUGCAGGUUGGCAUAAAGUGGGCGCUCAUACUAGAGGAUAUAACAAAAAUUCUCUAGGACUUGCUUUUAUAGGAAAUUUCGCGGUAAAAAGACCCAGUAACAUUAUUUUGAUGGCAGCCAAGAAGUUUUUGGAAUGUGCAAUGACAAUAGGCGAGUUAUCCGAUGAUUAUAUAGUUUUUGGAGCUAGACAAGUCAGUCAAACAGCAAGUCCAGGCAUUUAUUUAUACAACGAUCUAAUACAAUGGCCCCAUUUUUCACGGUACCCCAACACUACGAAAAGUGCUUAGCAUAAAGGGAACAAUUGAAUAUAAUUCAUUAAGAAAACCCCACAGCUCCAAUAUUUAAUGCAUACAUUAUUUUAUAUACUAAUUCGUAUGUAAUAUAUAUUUUUUAAUAAAAAAAUUCUGUUUCAA